AUGUCUUCCUCCAAAUUGUUCCCGCCCUCAGACGCGUCGCGUCAAAGAUCGGGAAUCCUCACCCCUAGUUCCGAUGGCUCUCUAAACUCCAAAAAUGCGACGCCGCUACCCGAGCCCAGCAUGCACAGGAGGCGGAGCGGCUCUCAUGCGUUGGUAGACUUGCUUAGGUUUCCAAUUGUUGUCAAGGCGUAUCCCCCGAGCAUGACGGCGAGGCCAUGCACCCUGCAACCGCUCAUGCUGCUCCCCCGCGAAGACCUCUCCCUCUCCUACCUCGACCUCGGCACGCCCCAUAGCGACCUACCCUCCAGCCGCUUCUACGACUCACACAUCAAGAUUCUCGACCUCGAAGAUCGCGUAGCGGACAAGCCGAGCCUCCUCCUCGCACGCAACGAAGCCUCGAAGACACUUUACGCAAUCGAACGCGCUGCUGGCUCCCAAAAAUCCCUCUAUGCCGUUUGUAAACUCGGCUCCUGGGUAGAUUUGCUGGAGCUGGCCGAGAAGGCCACUGUCACCGGCAAACAUGUCGCGCGCAUCAGGCAAGCUGAAGAGAUGCGGGAGUUCCAACUUUUGGACAGCCAGCGAGAAAAGCCGCUUGUGACAUUUGGACAGAACAAGGGACACACAGACAAGCGCAUGGCGAUCGAGGCGCUCCAGUCGAUUGUGCGCAAAAGAGCGCGCUCCCAGUCGGUAUCAACCUUUGACGAUGCAGUCAGAGCGGAGAAGCGAACCAAGUCCGAUGAUGACAACGCUUCGCGCCCGCAGACACCUAGUGGGCUGAACCCCAGCGUCAAUCCUGUUCAGACAAUCGAGACGAAGCCUGAGCCGAUGGAAUGGAUCGAGACACAUCUGGACGCCGUCCAGGCUGCCCCGCAGCCGAUUCGUGACCAUAACGUCCAACAGACACCUGGUGAGAUUAUGGAAAACAUCAGAACACAAUAUAUGGAGGCGCUAUACAAGUCGAUGGGAUCUCUGGCGUAUUUUGCAAAAGGACCGCUAUCUCGAGCGCGAGCUGCGUUCCAUCUCGACUGCGACGGCACUAUGAACAUGGAUGACCUUAUCGAAUUCCUCAAGAGUCUCGUUAUGACCACCGUUCAGAUCGACAAGAAAUACCGCGAGACGGUACCCGAUAUAAUUUCUAAAAUGAAGACCCACGUGGACAUCUCCGACGAAGGCAGCAAACUGAAGAAGAGGAAAUCCAAGAAGAUGAAGCUUGGAAAGGAUGGCAUGUAUCCAGGUGAGGAUGAUCACGUCCGAAACUGGUGGGAUACGAACAAGCCGGAGCUCCAGAACGAUGAUGUGACCAUCACCCCGGCUCAGAUCAAGUCUCAUGUUUCGCUGCUCAGGACUCGUGAGACCCAGUUGCAAAUGAUUCUCAUUCUAGAGAUUCUUGCACUAGAGCCAUUGCGGGCAGCUGAUGCAGAGGGAGAGAGCCAACUGCCAGGUCUGCCAGUAGACGAUGCCGAGAAGGCUUCUGAAAUUCAGCCGAAGAAGCGUAGCAAGCAUAACUUCCCUGUUCUAGUGGAUGUGCACGCCGACCGGUUGUGUAUCUGGCAGUCGACAGCUUCUGAUGAAAUGAGACUACUGGAGGAUUCACAGGUGAUAGCUCCGGCUGAUGGAGGGCCUGCCCAGAAGGCAUCGUCGGAUCCUUUGAAGGACUUCUGCACCGACAUUAUCAUGCCAUUCUUUGCUGCUCGACUGUCCAAGAUUUGCGACUCGAUCAACCGCAAGCUUGGUGGCCCUGUUAUCAUUGCUCCGCCCAAACCCAGAGCGAAGCCUUCUUCCAGCAAGUCUGAUUCGAAGCCCGGUGCCGCUGCAAAACGGCCUGCCGCUAAGCCUGCCGCUAAGCCUGCUUCAAGAAACAUCGAGAAGGCUCUAUUCAAGGAACAAUCUCGUCGUAGUGUUUCCAGAGGCCCCGGCAAUGCUAUUGCAUUAUUGAGAUCCGCAACAUCAGCCAGUAUCCCUGGGCUCAAGCGGGAGACCAGUGAUCUUGAUCGCAGGUCAUCGGUGGACAGGACGAGCCUGCUCUCCAGGAGUAACAGCCUGACUGCUCUAGACGAUGCUAAGGCGCAGAAGAAGGCCAUGGUUGAGGCAGAAUUGAAGAAUGCCAUCACGGCCCUGCGGAAGCCGAACCGUGAAAUGGCGGGCAAAGCCAUCGUUGAAGAUGCUGAGAAACGAAGUUCUGGCGGUUUGUCUUCGAUUAAGAAAUCCAAGAAACCGACGAGACACCCUCUCUUUGACCCAGUUCAGGUGAAGGUGACGCCAGCCAACCACCGCUUCCGCGAUGCUCUGGCGGCGGAACCGAAGGCCUCUAGCAGUGAUGUGAUUCCGAUGUCGAGCAUUCCCCCUUCUAGUGCAUCGAGAAUACCAUCGACCGGGCCACGUAGAGGUCAUGUUGAUAUUGUUGGCCACACACCGUCCUCCGCUAUUCAGGUUACACCUGUGAAGCGCAGCGGGCGGUUUGGAGGACCUUCCCCGGAUAACGAGCCUGCCAUUCCGCCUUCUUCUCCUCUGAUGAUGAGGAAACCUGCAAUCACGCAGCAAUUUAGUGUGCCUGCGAGCGUGGUUCGCGAACGGCCUCAGCCGGCACGAUCAGUAUCGCCAGACGUGGGUCUCCCGGCGACGCCAUGCAAACAGAGAACUAGGGAUACAAUUGGAGAUGAGGUUGCGGCCACACCGAUGGCGAAGGCCACCCCGCCGCCGCCGCCGCCGCCGCAAGCGAAGCCCAAGUCGAUUUACGAACAACUGGGAUGGGAUGACGACUUUGAUGACUUGUAA